CCGCUUUAUCCAUAAUAAUUUUGAUUAACUUCAUGUCCAUCAUGCAUCAUCCUUCUCCAAAACCAGCAGCCAUGGAAGAUCACAGCGAUCCUAUGCCCUUCCAGAUCUUCGCGAAGCUUCUAGACGGAAAAACAACAAUCCUAAAUUUCGAAACCCCAGACUCAUGUACAACCCAAUCAAUCAAGCAAAAAAUCUUCGAAAUCACAAAAAUCCCUAUUCACUAUCAACGCUUGAUAUGCAGAGGAGUCCAAUUAAACGAAGACGCUAUCAUCACAAUCCCCGAAUCCACGGUCUAUCUCCUCCUCCGUCUCCUCGGUGGCAAAGGCGGGUUCGGCUCUCUCCUUCGCGGGGCCGCCACAAAAGCUGGUCAAAAGAAGACGAAUAAUUUUGACGCGUGUCGGGAUAUGAGUGGAAGGAGACUGAGGCACGUGAAUGCGGAGAAGAAGUUGGAGGAGUGGAAAGCGGAGGAAGAGGAUAGGAGGUUGGAGAAGAUGGCGGAGGAGUUUAUUAAGAAGAAGGCGAAGAAAGGGAAAAGGGGGGCUGGAGAUGGUGAGGCGGAGAAGUACGUGGCUAGGUAUAGAGAGGAGUCGGCGAAAUGUGCUGCAGUAGUUGAGGAGGCUAUGAAAGAGGUGUUUGGGAAUGGGAAGGGGAAUGGGUUUAGGAAGAGGAAGGGGAAGGGAGUUGUGGAAGGUAUGGAAGCCAAGAAAUUAAAGAUUUGGACGGGGAAGAGAAAAUUGGGUGAAAGUGAAGGAAUGGAUGAAGAUAGUAGUGAUGAUGACAGUGACGAGGGAAAUGAGAAAUCUGUUGUUUUAAAUAAUGGGAAUCAUUCAGAUUCAAAUAACAAAGCCGAGGGGAGUCAAGAUUCGGUUACUGGAAAUCAAGAUGGUGAAUGUUCUGGCGGUGCUUCUUGUGCCAGUGGCUCUGAAGAAGAAAAGGAGGCUUCUUCAGAACAAAGCUUGAUAUCUAAUCCCUGUGGAGAAAUUGCUCUGAAAAAAGAGGAUGAAGUGGUUGAAGCACAGAUUCUUGAGGAAACAGUAGCAAAGACUGAAGAGGUUUUUGAAACUGAAGCACUUGAGGCUGAAAAGCAGGAGAAUGUUGGACCUAAUUCUCAAUGUCCAAAUGCUUCAGAUUCUGGAAAGGGGGGAAUUAUUGAAAGCAGACCAGUUAUUGCUGAACCCAAUGGUUUCUCUAAAUCAAAACCUGUGUCUAAUGAGAUAGUUAAUGUAGGCAAUGGUGAUUCGGAGAAGCCACUAAAUUUUGAUGAAUUCAAUUCAGCAUCAGAGUUGGAGGUACUUGGCAUGGAAAGGUUGAAGACUGAACUGCAGGUCCGUGGGCUUAAGUGUGGGGGUACAUUACAAGAGCGUGCUGCAAGGCUUUUCCUCUUGAAAUAUACUCCAUUGGAGAAGCUUCCCAAAAAACUACUCGCUAAGAAAUGAGUCUUCUCGCGAUGAUUCAUCUGAUUCGGUAGUAUGGUAGAAGAAUUCGUGCCUUCCAAAUGUAUAGUUUUGAGUUCCGUACAUUUUACUAGUUUUAUUUAUUACUUGUAGCCGCUACCUAAAUUCUUGAGCUUGCAUGUUGAAGAAUGACGAAUAUUUAUAUUCUAA